AUGGCUGGCAAGGGAAAAGGCAAGAAAAAAGAAAAAAAGGAAAAAGAAGAUGGUGGGGAUAAGAAAAAAGGGAAAAAAGGUGGAGUAAGAGUAAAGAAAGGCAAAGCUAAAGGCAGGUGUAAUGUUGAUAUGCUAACUGAAGCGGCAAUGGAUAACGUGUACUACGCAUGUCAUAAUGUACAAGAAUUAUUACAAGCCAGGGGAUUCCAUCCUCCUGAUUAUAGCAAGAAGAAGAAGAAAGGAAAGCGUUGA